AGCCCCAAGUGCCGCCCCAGCCAUGGCCACCUCGGACCCCGUGCGCCUGCUGCAGGAGGAAGUGACGUGUGCCGUGUGCUUAGACUACCUGCACGAGCCGGUCACCAUCGACUGCGGCCACAAUUUCUGCCGCGCCUGCAUCACUCGCUGCUGGGACGAGAUGGGCCGGCAUUUCCCCUGCCCCCAGUGCCGGGCCCGCUCGCCCAAACGCAAGCUGCGGCCCAACUGCCAGCUGGCCAACAUGGCCAUGGCCGCCAAGCGCCUGCGGCCCAACACGGGCGAAGACUGGCUGCCAGGCCCAGGCACCAGCAUGGGCAAAAGCCAGGAGGCCAGGGAGCCCGAGGAGGAGCUGGCCACAUCUCUGGCUGAGGAAGAGGCCAAAGGGAGCCAGAAUGAGCAGACGCCAAAGACCCCAGAGGACAAGUCCCGGGAAGCCCAGGAUGGUGAGACCCAGACAGAGAGACCUCCCGAUGCGGCCAGACACACAGAGGACAGGGAGCCAGAGACGGCUAUGGCGAACAAGGCAGAGGGGCCAGUGAAAGCUCCAGACAGCAGGACACACAGAGAGGGCCAGGCCCAGGGGACAAGGCAGCCCCCUGAGGCAGCCACCGUGGAGGAGACCCCAGGGAGCGAGAUGGAGAAGGCGGAGGGCACUCCUAGCGUCAAGGCAGGGAAGGGCCCCCAAGAACAGAAAGACAUGGGCCAGGUCACAGGGGUGGGGAAUAGUCUGGCAGCAAGCCCAGGGGACAGCAGCCAGUGGGCUAAGCCAAGGCCAGGGAUGAGCCUGCCCCAGAGCCCCUGCCCCCAGCACCCAGGAGAGGACCUCUGGCUCUUCUGUCGUUGGGAUGGGGCCACUCUGUGCCCUGCCUGCCACCACGAAAGAGCCCACCGGGGCCACGACCUGGUGGCACUGGACGAGGAGGGCCGAGCUACCCGGGCCCACCUCAGGGGUGUUCUGGGCAGACUGCGUGCCCAGAGGGAGGCCCUGGAGGAUGCAGGGGCCCAGCAGGAGCGCCAAGUGGCCCUCUUAGAUGAAGAGGCUGCCAUCCGGCGCCGGCGUCUGGGGGAUGAGUUUGAAGGUCUGCGCCACUUCCUGAGCAAGGCUGAGCAGGACCUGCUGAGCACCAGGCCCAAGCUGCCCGCCAAGCCCGGGGAGCCCGCCUCUCAGCCAAUGCUCCUGGAGGCCUCGGCCUGGCUCCACCUGCCCAGCGCCCGCCUGCUAGGUGACAGGAGCGUCCAAGAGGGACUUCGAAAGCUGGAGGAGGAGGCUGGCAAGACCCUCGGGGCCAGGGUGAUCCCUGGGGAGGCCCUGGGAGGGGCAGGCCGGGCUCAGGCCGUGCUAAAGGAGGCAGCCAGGGCCUUCCGAGAGCGGCUGUCAGGGGAACUGGACCGAGAUGAGUCCCCGGUGCGCUUUGACAGCAACUCAGCUGCCGCAGGCCUAGAAGUAUCAGAAGGCGGGAGGACAGUGAGGCUGGGGCCCCGGGCCAGCGCCCAGCAGGUUGACCUCUGCCCCUGUGUCCUGGGUGACAAAGCCUGGCGUGAUGGUUCUCACUACUGGGAAGUAGAUGUGAGCCGGUCAGGGGGCUGGGCCGUGGGCGUGGCCUGUGAGAGCAACCCCAGGCCCCAGCCCAACAAGGGGCUCUGGGCCCUGCAGCUUAGUCGAGGCCAGCUGUGGACCCCUGAAGUGACCCUGGCUAUCUGGCAACAGCCCCGGCGUCUGGCCGUGUACCUGGAGGUGGAGGCGGGCCUGCUGGUCUUCUCCGAUGCCCAGAGCGGUGCUCCCGUGCACAGCUACCAGGGGGCCCAAUGGGGCCCAGAAGCCACUCUCAGGCCCUGCUUCUGGCUCUGGGACCUCGGAGGGAGUCUCCAUCUGAGCCCCUGAGCCCAACAUGCUGGGACACACAGUCCCAGAUAAAGAAAUGGAGACCA